GGAAGAGUUCGGCUGAGGUCGGGUUCCAGUAGCAGAGCUGGAUCCUGGAGUCCCGCCAGUAGUGUACAAGGUGCCUAUCCGUCGGUGUCCUGUGGAGCUGGGUAUCCCUAAAUGAGGAAUGGGUUGAAGUGGCUGAUGGGUAUUCGACCAUCCUCUCUCUCCAAGCCCAAGGUCUCACUAACUUGGGUCUUAAAAACUGAUCAAGCCAAGCAGCGGGUAGACAGCCCGGUGAAGUGCGAGCCUAGCGUUCCUCGCGGGGUUCGGGAUGACAGCUGGGCUGGAGAGACCAGGAGGUGCAGGAAGGGACAUAGGAGGAGCAGGACACCCAAGCACCAGAGGUUCGGCUACCAGAUAACAGACCUCGAUGCCUUCCUCACAAAGGCCUCUAUUGAAACACCUGGCAACAUACCAGUUGUUUUGUCGACUCCAUGCCUCCUUUAUCAAACCCAAGCAGGAGGGUACCAAGAAGAGGUAUCACUUCCUCUAGGAAUGGUUGUAAAUGCAGUUUUUAAGAAUCAGGCAUGGCUUUAUGUUCAAACACCACAUGGCGAAGAGGGAUACGUACGUUAUGCUUCUUGCUUACCCCUAGGAAUUCUUCCUCCUGAGUCUUCUGCGCCAUGGGAAUCGCAGUCGGACAUAUUCCCCAAGCCUACGGGGAAUAGAAUAGAAGAAAAGAUUGGUACUAGAUCUGAAUGUGGAAGCAGGUCUGGUCAAAGGUACAAAAGAAGGGGCUGUGGGGAAGAAAGUGUGGAUUCUCUCUACCUAGCAGCACAAGCUAAAGCCAAACGUCAAGUUCUGAUUGUUGUCGCAGCAGAUUAUAUUGGAAAAGGAAGAAACACACUUAGUGUCAACAAAGGCGAUGUUGUGACACUUAUCAGUUCUCAUCUCAGGGAUUGGUUUUGGGUCAGAACUAGGGAUGGAAAGGAAGGUUUUAUUCCAGCUGUAGUCGCUGGCCAUGGUUUCUUGUAAUAGUAGUUUUUUGGUGCUGACAAAAAUAUAAAAAAGCAUCAAUCAUGUAGUCAUUCAGAUACAGCAAUUUGUUCCUUAAUAAAAGGUAUAAUAAUUCUAAUUCUUACAGCAUUGUACCAUUAGCACUGUAGUGCUUAAAACUAUAUAAAGUGUAUAUAAAUAAAAAUGUUAAUAUCUAUUUUUCAACUUUAUGGAGUUGUUUAUAGGAGACAUUGAGUAUGUCUGUAAUGAUUAGUAACAAAAUUUAUGAUAUUUUGUAAAACUAAGAAGUUACUUAAGUUAAGAGAGUAUUAUUUAUUUUUGGUAAGUUUAGUUUAUUUAUCAUGUCUAUAUUGCUUUUGAGUAACAAAGCUAGAGGUAUUUUAGCUAAAUUAUGUUUGUUUACUCGAAAACAGUGUAUUUUGUUUUGAAUAAAGUUUGAAAAAAAAAAACGAUAAUUAAAGUUUUAUUGUAUGAAUUUGAUCCCAAUUUCUUUGAUUUGAAUGUUUUAAUAAUUAAAAGGUGAUAAGAAAAAUGUUAAUU